AUGAAAACUACUGUUCUUAAUGAUUCAGCUCAUUCAUUCUUCUUUUAUUCUGAAGGUUUAGGCUUUUAUUUUUUUACGUGCAUCACUUUAACCAACGUUCACUAACUGCUGAACUCUCAUUCCUCUUCUGUCAUUUCAAUAGAACUGGAAGUGAAAUGUCACGAGAGGAUGCAGGCGACCAUCGAGGUGGAGGAAAGGAAGCGGAGGUCGGAGGUGACCGAGCUGGAGGACAGGAUGAACGCUCGAGUUGUGGCGCUGAUGGAGGAUCACGACCGUGCUCUCAGACGAGCUGAGGAGUAUUACUCCAGCAUUCAGAACAAAGUGCUGGCGGACGAGAAGGUGCUGAAGGAGGAAGCAGCAGAGGUGCAGAAGCAGCUGACGCGAGUGGACAAGCAGCUUUCAGCUUCUCAGCAAGAAAACAAGCGUCUGCGUGAGUCUGUGCACGAAGCCGAGCGGAAGCUGCCCGAGCUCAAGCAGCAGCUGCACCAAUACAACCGGAACAAGGCCGAGAUGGUGAAGUCCGGUGCUCGUGUGAAGGUCGCUGAGAAGGAGCUGAGGGAUCUGACCAUUGAGCACGAGCUGCUGCUGCAGGCGUUUGAAAAGGUUCAGAAGGAGCGUGACGAGUUGCUGAGGAAACAGAGGGACGUCAUCAUGGAGCUGCAGCAGAGGAGCGGACUGAAGCAGCUGCUGCUGGAGAGGAAGCUCGCUGCUCUGACUCAAACUGUGGAGACAAAGGAGGCUCAGCUCUGCGCCGCCACGGACGCCGCAGGAAGCAGCGCCGCAAACAAAGUGAAGGAACUGUUCGAGUCAAAACACGUCACCAUUGGUGCGUUAGAGGAGGACCUGGCUGGAGCGCGUCAGGAGUACGAGCAGCUGCUGCAGACCUGCAGCGACAGGCUCCAGGCGCUGGGUGUCCCUCUACACGACUUCCCCUUCAGGCCGGUGAAGCAGAUCUGAACAGACCGACCUCAAACACUGACCUGAAGUCGUCCAGGUUCCCAGUCAGCAGCUCCCCCUGGAGGCUUCAACCGGAAACACUCCACUUUGAGAAUUAUGAGCCAAUAAAUACGACUUUUACAUUUAAA